AUAUGUAUUUCGCUAGAUGUCGCUGUUUCCCAUGAAGUCACAAGAGUUCAUUGACCUUUGCCCCUAGUCACCAUAGUUCCCACACAGCAACAUGAUGGCGGCAACCGGCUGAGUUUCGGCGUGAUUCCAGAGAUUUUCACUCAUUUUAGCAAACCAACCUCCAUUUCAGGCGUCAUAUUAAUCCAAGGUUUUUUUCUACCAGAGAGACUGAAGACUGCAUUACCAUGCCGAUCCACAAGGUGCCAGUCGUGCACAAGUUCGGGAUCAUUUCCCAUUCCCAGCGCUUGGAGCUGCAGGAAAGGCUCCUCAGACAGGGUCUGGAUCAGACCGUCAGCACACAUCGUAUGCAGACAGUCACCAGAAACCCGCUGGAAGUGACGGAAGGAUUCAUCAAUCAGUACAACGAUGCUACAGACUACAAGGAGAAGGAGAGGCUGGAUGACAAGGCCAGGAAAAUGCUGCUCAGGAUCAGGAGAAGAACAGGACUGAAGGAUGGAGGUGUGGGAGACCACGUCAACCUGCCCAUGGCCUGGUCAGAACUCGCCAUGUUAGCACAGUGCAAGGGGAAAGUACAGGAAGAAUGUCUGGAAGUGCUGAUCACAUCGCUAGACCAGUCACCGCUCUCAGCACACCACAUCCCCAGUCUGUUCUUCUUGGCGGAGACCACGUUGUACUGGCUACGGACAGAUGCUGUCAACCAACCGUUCCUCCGAACUGCAGAGCUCAAACUGCUCAAGAUGGGCCAGCUGACGUUCACGCGGCUGCUGUACCACCACCUGGUUGGGCACCUGGAGGGACAGGCGGAGUUCAAGAACAGACUGGUCACAUAUCUGGAUGGUUUCUCGGAGUGCCAGGAGGCGUACAGUCCGUACCCCGGCGCUCACCUGGCGCUCAGGUUCAUCUCCGAGGUCGGCAGGAUUAUCAUCGGACGCCACGCCAUCGACCCAGGGGAGCUGAAGGAAGGGGACAAGGGACCUACCCCUGAUGUUAGGAACAAGACUCCCCUACCACAUGCCCUGACCCGCGAGCAGACGUUUGCGUCCACAGUGGCAACAUCAGGCGGUGUGCACGACGUCAGCCCUACACUCUGGCAUGCACUGGAUGUGUGGAGGUGUGUGAACAACAACAGCCGAGGGUUGAAGCAAGCUCUGCACGGAUUGGCUGAAUGUGGCAUGGGCCUGGCCAAUGAGAGUUGGCUUGACGGCGUCUGUGCCAUCAAUAUCGUAGCCGAGGCUGCCCGACAGAACAUCCGUGCUCUCAGGACCCUCCAGGACCUGGCCAGAGGCAUGGACCCAAACAUGGCGCCCCCAGCCCCCACACCGGAGGAGUACCACAGCUUUGAGCUGGACCUGUCGGAGCCUGCUGACAGCUUGAAGAGUGAGCCACAUUUUGGGGAAGACAUCACGGGGGAAGACACGGAGCCUGAACUCCUUGGAGUCGGCACAACGAGAAGGAGAAGACGUCGUUCGAGGAGGGGCUACGAGUCCGGAACGGACGUGAGCGCCACGUCUGUAAACAAGUCGGUCUCUGUUACAGCAGUUGCAAGCACGCCACCGAAUAGGCACGUUAUGUCGUUUACGUCGGAGAGCGGACCAUCACGGUUGUCACAUAUCAGCGCCGGUAGUGAAGCCGGUAGUGAAUCCGUCACGGAGCCUGAAAUCAGCAGCAGGGAUAGUUUAGACUCUGCGGGAGGGAUCAUGAGGCAUCCUGGGAUUGAAGCACUAAAGCAUGAUGGGCUUGACACCACGGACAGCGACCUUGAGCCAGGAGAGGACAGCGAAAUUGAACCGACAGAAGACAACGUCCUUCAAGACAGCUCGGGAAAAACAGGCGACAUGAAUGGAGACUUAGACGUGAAAAUCACUGAAAUGGAUUUGAAUAGAGCUACCCAGAGUGCACCUGGAGGCAUGUUGCCCUUGAAGAAUCCAGUCAGGAAGAGUCUUCACUCACAUGACAGGCACCGUCCAAUGGGAAGUCAGCCCAUGGCCAGCCUAUCAGAGGGACUGACACAGGAGUCAGCAGAAGUGAUACCGGACACAGCACACCAUGCAGAGAUGGGCUCUGAGUUUCCAGAGGGGCGCGGCACACCUUCAAGCGAAAAACUCACCUUUGCAAAUCUCCCUCUCCCUGAGGUACCGGGUAUCGCAGGCUGGCGGUGGGAAGUUGCGUACAUCUUCACGGAAGCCUUGGGUUACGUCUCGCUACACGGCAUCACCUCGCAGAUCCAGAAACUGGCACUCGUUGGAAUCAAGAACCCAGCCGACUUGGUUCCCCCAGACUACAACAGUGCGUGUACAGAGAGUGCUGGUCUGCUGGACCUGGCAGAGUUCAACCCUCAGUAUGAGGUGGAAGAAGAGGCAGUCGAACUGCCUGACUGGAUGUGGAGAGUGCGUUAUGGUGCAGUUCAGUCCCUGGUCAAAGUGGGGCGCUGCUGCCAGGCAGACAAGACCAAGGAGGGCCUGCGUACAGCGGUGUGGGGCAUGCUGGUCAGGGUCCAGUCUCAGGAGCAGGACAUCAGAGUCAUGGAGGCCUUCAAAGUUGGGCAGGUUGAGGCUGAAGUUGAGACGAGUCAGCACAAAGAGAGCCUCCCGCGCUCCUCCACUAUCUUUGCAAAGAUGGCGCACAGUCUAGCGGAGAUCUACCUCCCGCCGCUAGCUGCAGAGUCGCCCAGGACAACCAGGGGGACGUUCACGGCCAGGUCCCAGCCCCCUCGGUCACGCAGCCUCCCCACCCCCACCCCGGGGAAACAUCCCAUCAGGACGUCGUUGAGGGAAGACAUACUACUACAUGUGGCUACCUACGAACCACCAGUUGACUACAACACUCGUACCAGCUUCGAUCUCAGGAGGAUCGUAGAAGACCAG